AUGUCGUGGUUCGACAAGAUCGCCAACGAUGCUUUGCGCCUCGAGACCUUGAGUGAAGUCAAGGCCUGUGAAGAACUUUCUCAAUUUAUUCCCAAGUCGUUCACUCUCAACGAGCUCGCUGAAGCUGCGAGGGGCUCUCUAAGCAGAUUGUGCGCAGGGAAACCAAAUAGAUCCUUAGCCACGUCCCAUCUCCUCACAUUACUUGCCUGUACACGGUGUCAAGGUCGCUUCCCUCCAAGGCCAUCCAUCGAGAACCGCAAUGCAGUGAGAGAGCUCGUACUUAACGUCACUAAGGUUGUCGCCCCUGUUGUUGCGGAGAAUAAGGGGCAAACGGGGGCUAGUGGACAUCCUGGAGCCCUCGCCGAGCGAUGCAGUUCAAGCUCCAUCCUUACUAGCAGCCCUAUCCAACUGGACGACCAAACCCUGUAUCUGCUUAUGGUUUACGCCGGCAGUUCCGACCAACGAAUAGUGGUACCUUCACAAGUCAAGGCAGCUGCAUCACGACUCCUAGCAAAGCAGUUCACUACCUCUACGGGCAAUGAUAACAACAACCGAGCCAAGGAGGAACCCCGCUCCAAAACUGCGUUCAUUACCGAGACCGUCCUGCAGUCCUAUCUACGCCCGCUCUUUUCUCGAUCCCGACCCGCAACCGUGACGGCAUCAGGGCGAAAGGCGGCCUAUCCGGAUCAGGAUGAUAGUGGUGCCGGUGGCCCACGACGGGGAGGAGCAAGUCUCUUGGAGGAAACGGCACAGACGAAGCCGUGGAAGUAUACAGAUUUCAGGGCUGUGCCGGUCCUUGGGUGGGCAGUUAAAGAGGCGGAUUCUCAUCUUCUGGCAACCCACUGGCCACUCUUUACCCCCUUUCUCCUCACCCUUGCCGACGAGCCCGCCUCAUCCCCGCUCCUCCGCGCGGGCCUGCUCAUGCUAUCCGAGUUCCUCGCCAAACUCCCCGCCGCCACACUUCACGCAACCGGCCUGGCGCAGGUCUUUGAAGAUGCCAUCUUCCCUACUCUGUCGGCUCUCCCAAGUCUGACCCCCGAGGAUGAGUCGAUGCUAGUGUUAGGGCCGGCGUACGGGGCGCUGUUACAGUUAGCGAGGAAGGUGGGGCAACCAACGAAUGAGAAUGGCGAUGGAGGGGUAUUGAAGAAGCAGCAUGCAUUGCUGGACAAGGUCUUGCGGGACGGUGUUUUUAUGGGUUAUUUCCACGCAAAAGAGCACGUCAGGAUCGUCGCGGAGCUGUGCUCGUGGACUGCAAGGAUCCUUAACGAGCUGGAAGUGCAUGCGGUCAAACAUCUCAAGGACCUCAUCCCCAUGCUGUCAGCGAUCUUAACCGACCCCUUCGGCCCUAGCGCACCAGAAACCCUUCUCGCCGCGGUCAAGGCGCUGCAGGCAGUCCUAACCAACUGCUGGCCGCGCAUCCUGGGCUCGCCGUGGCAGGAUGAAAUCAUCAACGCCUUAGUGCUGUGUUGGUUGCACGUUCUCGAACAGGAGGGUGAGGAGGACAAGGAAUUACGCCUCACGGCGAGGGCAGUGGCAGCUGUUUUGAAGACAGCCCGGAAACAAGUCGAUGGCGGAGAGGACGGGAAGGGAAAUGUCGAGACAGAUUUGGGUUCGUAUGUUGCGCCGCUAGUAGCCAAGGAUCCUCGGCUCACCGGGCUUUUUGGACCUCCUUCCAAGUAA